AUGGUGCCUGUUAAACGUGUCGCGGUCAUCGGCGCCGGGCCGGCGGGAGCCAUUGCGAUAGAUGCCCUGGCGCAAGAAAAGACCUUUGACAUUAUCCGUGUAUUUGAGCGUCGUGAGGGCGCUGGAGGAUGUUGGAUUGGCGACUCAUCGCAGCCUCCAACACUCCGCGACUUUGCAUCGCUAGCGACAAGAACGGCUGAUCCACCACUACCUAUCCCCGAAACGCUGCCUGCGCAGACUCCAAAGUCAGACCAGUCUCGCUUUACUGAGUCGUCCGUUUACCCUUAUCUGGAAACCAAUAUCGACUUUCUGCCCAUGCAGUUCGCCCAGGAACCUUUCCCAACAGAGCGCAGCGCACUCUCUAUCUCUCAUCACGGACCUGACACCCCAUUCCGAAAGUGGGAUCUGGUUCGAAAAUACGUUGAGAGUCUUGUCGACCGUCGGGGUUACAGCGACUUUGUUUCAUACAACACCACAGUUGAACUGGUUGAGAAGGUGGGGACGGAGUGGAAAGUAACACUCCGUAAAAAUGGAGAGCAAAGUGAUUACUGGUGGGUUGAAUGGUUUGACGCGGUCGUCGUGGCGAGUGGGCACUUCUGGGUUCCAUAUAUACCCUCAAUAGAAGGCCUGGAGGCAUUCGAGAAGACAAGACCGGGCAGCGUGAUUCACAGCAAACACUUCCGGGGAAGAGAGAAAUUUGCUGACAAGCGAGUUGUGGUCGUGGGCGCAUCCGUCUCAGCAGCCGACAUCGCAGUCGAUCUGGUGGAAACAGCGAAGACACCAGUUCACGCAAUCACAAUUGGACAUGCCGCUAACGGGUACUUCGGCGAUGAGGCAUUUAGCCACCCUAAGAUCCAAAAACAUCCCUCAAUAGAACGAGUCUCGAAUAGGACUGUGCACUUGACGAACGGCAAUUGCAUCACAGACGUUGACCAUAUAGUCUUCGGCACAGGCUACAGCUGGACACUGCCAUUCCUACCGACAGUUCCAGUGCGCAAUAACCGGGUCCCCGAUCUGUACCAACACGUUGUCUGGCAAAAAGACCCGACCCUAUUGUUUGUCGGUGCUGUCGCAGCUGGUCUGACGUUCAAGGUCUUCGAAUGGCAAUCUGUUUUGGCUGCACGGCUGCUGGCUGGCCGAGCUACUCUACCGUCUGCUGAAGUGAUGCAAAAAUGGGAAGCGGAUCGUGUCAAGGCUCGGGGUGACGGUGUCAAGUUCACACUGCUCUUCCCAGACUUCGAGGAUUACUUCGAGACCUUGCGACGUUUAGCUGGCGAGGGGGUGGAGGGCAAGGGACGGAAGCUACCCAAGUUUCGCCGCGAGUGGGUAAGAGCAUUUUUUGAGGGACUUGAACGUCGUAAAACUAUGUGGAGGAGGUUGAACUUGAAAUCCCGGGCGGCUUUAAAUACUGAGACUAUCCAGAAGGAAGUAGCUCGACUUUGA